ACUUUAAAAACUGCUUACAGACUAGGCCUACUUUGAACAGACUGAGACCUGCUAAGAUCUGUGAAGGAGUUUAGGGUACAACAAUAAAAAGCUGUUUUUGUAAACCUCAUUCAUGAUUGAUUUAUGAAUUGAGGUGGAGUGUUGUCACCAGGAGUGGUACAGUACCAACUUAACAAAAGUGUUGUCCUCACACAAAAUACUUUCAUUUUACUACUUAAUUUACUACUGAUGAAAGCAAUCUGUACAUCAGUCUGUAUCCCAGCAGAUUCUCAUCUACUUCACAUCUUCAUUUAAGCAUCUACUCUUCUUCAGUCAGCAACAUGGGCAUCUUUAUUUUCUACUCUCUUUGCUUUUUGAUUGUGAAGGGUGUGUUUGGUGCUGAUGUUACAGUGUCAAUGAUGAAGGAGGAUUCUGUUACUCUACUUAUUAAUCCCAAUAAAACAAAGGGAGCUGAAAAUCUACUGUGGAAGUUUGAAGACAAGAGCAUUGCAACUAUUGAUUUAAAAGUGAAACCGAGCCAAGCAGAAUACCCUGAUGAGAGAUUCACAAACAGACUUUAUCUGAACCCUAACACUGGAGAUCUCACCAUCAACGACAUCGAAAUUGAAGACACUGGAGAAUAUCAGCUGGAGAUCAAGACCAGCAGUGCACCAGACUACAAGCCCUUAAAGACAUUCAGUGUUACUGUCAAUGAAGUGGAGUCAGAAUUAGUGAUGAAGGGAGAAACUCUCACUCUGAACGCUAAAGCCCAAAUACAGGCAGAUGAUGUGAUCGAGUGGAAGUUUAGAAACACUCCCAUAGCUAAAAUGGACAGAAAAGGACAUCCCCACCCAGAUGAUGCUCUUGAUAAGAGAUUCAGAGGAAGACUAAAUGUGGAUUUGCUUGGUUCUCUCACUAUUACACAUAUCAAAAUUGAAGACUCUGGACAUUAUGAUGUAUACAUCAAUAACAGCAAACGCAUCAUUCAGAAGAGAUUCAGAGUUACUGUUAUUGAUGAAGUGAAGUCAGAAUCAUGGAUGGAGGGAGGAACUGUCAUUCUGAACACUGAAGCCCAAAUACAGGCAGAUGAUGUGAUCGAGUGGAAGUUUAAAAACACUCCCAUAGCUAAAAUGGACAGAAAAGGACAUCCCCACCCAGAUGAUGCUCUUGAUAAGAGAUUCAGAGGCAGACUGCAUGUGGAUUUGUUUGGUUCUCUCAUCAUUAAACACAUCAAAAUUGAAGACUCUGGACAUUAUGAUGUAUACAUCACUAACAGCAAACACAUAAUUCAAAAGAGAUUCGAUGUUACUGUUACUGAAUUCAGUCCGUGGUCACACCAGGUGAAGAUUGGUCCAGGAUUAUUUUUAGUAUUGAUCAUGUUGGUGAUAGCACUGGUUUAGCCUGCUGCAUAAGAUGUUACAGGAUUUUUCUAGCUUUAAAUAAGGUGGAGGUUUUGCUAAAAAUCUUUGCACCCUUGGUAAAUAUAAACAAAGAAAGCUGUGAAAAUAAAUCUACGUUUCUCCUUUUCAGCUUUAAUUAAAAGGGAACAUUUCACAAGACUUUUUAAAAGAUGUAAAAUAAAUCUUUAGUGUCCCCAGAGUGCUAUAUAUAGAUAAUAGAUAGAGAAAUUUUACUUAUAAACAUUUCUAGGGGUGCCAGUAACUGUGUCUGGUGUGUAGUAGAUUAAAAAAAUGUAUUUGAUAAUGCAACCCCCCCCCCCACA